AGAGCCAAUCAGACGUCAGCUGUUUAAAUUUAUGCCAGGGAUUUUUGGCUUGUAAGACUUAAGUUGUGGUGGCAAAAGCCAGUGUUUUCAAUCCCUAAAAAAACACUGUCCCAGUGAGACACGAUGCCCUACACGCCGUCUGGGUUCUUUUGCGACCGGUUAAUCCGGGAGAGAGAGAGAAGGGAUGGCGAAGGCUCCCUGAGCAAACCUCUCCGUUUCAGCGACCAGGACUACAACCUCCUCAAGCAGGAGUAUCUCCAGAAAAAGACCCUUUUUGAGGAUGAAACCUUCCCUGCCACUGUGGACUCCCUUGGCUAUAAAGAGCUGGGCCACAAGUCUAACAAAGUCAAGAACAUCGUCUGGAAGCGUCCCAAGGAGAUAUGUGAAAACCCAGAGUUCAUUGUCGGAGACGCUAGCAGGACAGAUAUCUGCCAGGGAGACCUGGGAGACUGCUGGUUGCUUGCUGCCAUUGCAUGUCUGACUCUGAACGACAAGCUGCUAUAUCGUGUUAUACCUCAAGAGCAGAGCUUCUCUGAAGGCUAUGCUGGAAUUUUCCAUUUCCAGUUCUGGCGUUAUGGUGACUGGGUGGAUGUUGUUGUUGAUGACCGCAUUCCCACCUUCAACAACCAGCUGGUGUUCACCAAGUCCGCUGAAAGGAAUGAAUUCUGGAGUGCUCUUCUGGAAAAAGCUUAUGCUAAACUUCAUGGCUCCUAUGAGGCUCUUAAGGGUGGAAACACUGCAGAGGGAAUGGAAGACUUCACCGGUGGAGUGACUGAAUUCUAUGAGAUGAAGGAGGCACCUAAACAGCUGUUCAAGAUCAUGAAGAAAGCUCUGGCGAGAGGCUCCCUCAUGGGCUGCUCCAUUGAUUCCCUGGUCCCAGCGCGCUUUGAAACUCGUACCACUACAGGUCUUGUGAAGGGACAUGCCUACUCUGUUACCGCUGUAGAGGAGUGUAAACAGUCCCAGCAGAAGGAGUCUAAAAUAUGUCUGGUGCGUCUGCGUAACCCCUGGGGUCAGGUAGAAUGGAACGGACCUUGGAGCGAUAAUUCAAAAGAGUGGGAAACCAUCUCUAAAGCUGAAAAAGAGAAACUCCAGCAUCAGAAUGCUGAAGAUGGAGAAUUCUGGAUGUCAUUUGAGGAUUUUAAGAAAAAUUACACAAAAAUAGAGAUUUGCAACCUGACCCCUGAUGCUCUGGAGGAUGAUAAGCUACACAAAUGGACGGUGUCUGUUAAUGAGGGACGCUGGAUAAGAGGCUGCUCUGCUGGAGGAUGCAGGAAUUAUCCAGACACAUUCUGGACAAAUCCACAAUACCGUCUGCGUCUUCUGGAGGAAGAUGAUGACCCAGAGGAUGAUGAAGUAGCAUGCACUUUUGUUGUUGCUCUAAUGCAGAAAAACAGACGUAGAGAACGCAAGUUGGGUGCAAAUCUCUUCACUAUUGGAUUUUCCAUCUAUGAGGUGCCAAAGGAGAUGCACGGAAACAAGCAGCACAUGCAGAAGGAGUUCUUCACGUCUAACUCCUCUAAGGCCCGUUCCAGGGCGUACAUUAACCUGCGAGAGGUGACCCAGCGUUUCCGCCUGAGUCCAGGGGAGUAUGUCAUCGUUCCCUCCACAUACGAGCCCCACCUGGAAGGCGAUUUCAUCCUCCGUGUCUUCUCUGAAAGGAGAAAUACCUCUGAGGAGAUAGAGAACAGGAUUGAAGCUGAUCAUCCAGUGCCGGCUCCAGCUUCAACUGGGGAAGAGAGUGAGGAGGACCAGCAGUUCCUGUCCAUUUUCCAGCAGAUCGCGGGGGACGUGAGUACUGGGGAGCCACUGAGCGCUGGGGGGAGUCAAAUGGAGAUCUCAGCCAAUGAACUCAAAGAUGUAUUGAACAAGGUGGUGUCUAAAUACAAAGACAUACACGCUGAGUGCUUCAGUCGAGAGAACUGUAGAAGCAUGAUCGCCCUCAUGGAUAUGGAUGGAACAGGAAGACUUAAUCUACAAGAGUUUAGACACUUGUGGAACAAAAUCAAACAGUGGCAGGGAAUCUUUAAGCGCUAUGACUUUGAUCAUAUUGGCACUAUCAGCAGCUAUGAGAUGAGAAACGCCAUCAAUGAUGCAGGGUUCCGUCUGAAUAACCAGCUGUAUGACAUCGUCACCAUGCGCUACGCCAAUGAUAACAUGAACGUCGACUUUGACAGUUUUGUCAGCUGUCUUGUACGACUGGAGGGGAUGUUCAGAGCGUUCCAGGCCUUUGAUCGAGGUGGAGACGGCACCAUCAGACUUAAUGUACUGGAGUGGCUCCAGCUAACCAUGUAUGCCUAGACCUACGGAUCCAGGCGAGCCCAGACUCGGCAAGGACCAGAACUACCAGCUUUUACCUCAACACUCAAUGUGCCAGACUACUGUUACCUCUUUCUCUGUACCUCAGCCCACAUCGAACACCAGCUCGAGAAACUUUACACGAUUACUUCAAUUUUAUUAGGGAUUGCCAUGAUGGGUGAAAUGAGUAAUAGUGUUAUAGACCGAUGUCACUUUUUUAGUCAGACUGCGGAGGA